GUGACCUGGUCGCUGGCGGGGCCGGGAAGUCGCGGCCCCGCGCCCAGCCCGGCCUCUUCCGCUGCCGCCGUGGGAAUGGAAACAUCUGCCCCACGUGCCGGAAGCCAGCUGGCGGCGACAACGACCACGCGCCCCUCCGGAUCGCCCCGCUCCGAUCCUCGGCGCGUGUCUUCGCGAGACGAGCUCGCUGAAAUGUCCGCGGCCAGUCAAGGAAAUUUUGAGUCGCUGGACCUUGCAGAAUUUGCUAAAAAGCAGCCAUGGUGGCGCAAGCUGUUUGGGCAGGAAUCUGGACCAUCAGCUGAGAAGUAUAGCGUGGCAACCCAGCUGUUAAUUGGAGGUGUCACUGGAUGGUGCACGGGAUUCAUAUUCCAGAAAGUUGGGAAGUUGGCUGCAACAGCUGUAGGAGGUGGAUUCUUUCUCCUUCAGCUUGCAAACCAUACUGGGUACAUCAAAGUUGACUGGCAGCGAGUGGAGAAGGACAUGAAGAAAGCCAAAGAGCAGCUGAAGAUUCGUAACAGCAACCAGAUAUCUACCGAGGUCAAGAGCAAAGCUGAGGAGGUGGUGUCAUUUGUGAAGAAGAAUGUUCUAGUGACUGGGGGAUUUUGCGGAGGCUUUCUGCUCGGCAUGGCAUCCUAAGGAGAAUGACUUCACUUUGAUUGUUCCCAGUUUUUCCCAACCAGCAGCCUGCAUCAUACGACAUCAAGUCUCUCCUCCUCUUCCUCUUCUCCCGUGCCUUCCUCCCUGCUGUGACCAAUCUGAAUGGCUCCUAUAGGCAUCUGUUGGUACAAGUUAAAACAGCCCUACAACGAGCUUGAUAGCGACGGAAGAGACAGUAGGCGUUAGCUCUCCUGCCAGCACACUCCCCACUUGGCCAGUCUGUAGGUAGCAAGAAUGUUCCUUUUCCCCCUACAUGAGAUGCUUAUCAGAACGCAUUGCAAGAUGGCUCCCUGUGGAGGACGAGUGGAUCCUCAAAGGUUGUCCAUACUGUUGAUUCGGAAAAGAAAUAAGCACAUACAUGUCCCAUCAUGUGCUGCAUGGGAAGGAUCUGAAUACAUUUGCCAUGAAGCAUGAAAGAUUUUGGUAUCUUGGCGUCUACUUUCUUUUUUAGUUGGUUUUAGAUUACAGAAAGAGAGCUAUUUAUACCUGCUAUAAUUAUCCCGACAAAAAUAGCAGUAAUAAGUACUGUAAUUGAAAAAUCUAAAUAUGGGAUGAACAUGUGCUAAAGGUAUAUGCUGUGCUGAAGGUAUUAUAUUCGGUGGGAAGGUUUUUAGGGAAACCCACUGUUACAAAUACAUUGUUGGAUGGUUAGACUUAGCGAAUCAUUUAGUGGCAUUAAGAUUGUCCUGGAAUGUUUUCCAUCAUACAGGAUAAUGCAUCUCGUGGCUGUUUCCAAAGGGUUUAUUAAUAUUAAAUGAUUUAGGUGGGAGAGGGGAGAAGCUCUUGGGUUUAUUUCAUAGAAAAGGUUUUAAGGUUUGAAAGAUUAAUAAGUACUCUUCACCUCAUGUCAAGACAUUAGGGGUAGCAAUAGCUCCUCUGUCCCAGUUCUACUCUUUCUUUAUCCAGUUAGUAUGAAAUAUAACAUUUAAAUCAGAACGAUAGUGAUAGCAAACGUGAAAUAAAUUAUUUCCAUCAUCAGGUACAAUCCGCUAUCUCUUGAUGACUCCAACUCUUAGAAUUACUCUUUAAAAUACGUUUAUAUACAAUUAGAAUAUCAGCUUCCAGAGAACAAGGCUUCCGUCUUGUUCACCAUACAGGGCCUGCCACUUAACAGGUGCUGCUUAUUUGUGGAAUACAUGAGUCAUGACUUCAUAGAAAGAAAAUACACUAGUAAAGGUUAGUUUUACUCGGAUUCACUUUUAAACUUGCAAACGAUCUCUUUUGAAAUAUCUGUGUGUUUCUAAGGCCAUACGUUUAAAAUGUUUGCCUUGUACCCUCGCAAGAGUGAUGUAUUGAAUUUGAAAAUUGAAGCUACCAGUGAGUGUGUGGAAUUUUAUAGAAUUCAUCUAUUUCCAUUUUCUCAUUAUACUACAGUAGUUAAGGCAACAUACAUUAUUUUGCUUGCAAUAUGUAUAAAUCAUCCCAAAGUCAUUAUGCUAAGAGCUUCUUUACUGUAUAUUUUUCUACAAGAACUUAAAUUGUUUUUUGUUUUUUGCUUUUUCACUUUUUAUUAUGGAAAUUUUCAAACAUAUAUAAAAAUAGAGAAUAUUGUACAGUCACCCCCUAUGUAUCCAUCACCCACCUGCGACAAUCAUCAAACUAUAUAGCUAUGCUUUUUUUUCAAUUAUUGUGAAACAAAUACCAAAGUAUUUUAUAUUUCUAUAUAUAUCUCUAAAACAUAAGAACUCUUUUUAAAAAUCAUACAUACAAUACUUUAUCAUAUAAAAAAUUAACAUAAUUCUUUAAUAUCAAAUAUCUGGCCAGUGUUCAAAUUUUCCUUGUCUCUUAGGUGUUUUACAUUUAGUUUGAAUCAAAAUUUAUACAAAGUUCACACUGUAUUUGGAUGAUCUGUCUCUUAAGUCUCCUUAGUCUUAUAGGUCCUCCCUCUACCUUCGCAGUAUAUUUAUUGACGACAUUGAGUCAUCUGUUUCCUAGUUCCUUACAUUCUGCUUCUGAUGCCUGGGUCUCUGGGUUAUGCCUUGUAUGGUGAUCAUGUCUGCAGCCACUUAACUCUACCUAUGUGACUUACCGACACCAGUGGAAUGCUUACAGCAAAAGCUGACUGAAGUACCCUGUGCCCCUUUGGGUUGCAUGCGGGGGACAGCGGCCACCCAAUGCCUCUACAGUGGGGUAAGGGUUGCUAUUUGGUCCAUCUCUUUUCCCUGUGAUUAUUAACAAGGGCAGCAAAGAUUACAGGUUGGUCUUAACUUGCCUUGAGCAGGUGUAAUAGAUAAUAGUCUGGCCUCAGACCCUAUCCUGGUUGUCUGAAAUAAAAUUUAUAGGCCCCUCCUGAAGUUUAUUCCCAGCUGGCUGCUUCUGGGACUGUGAGUGGUAUGGUUGAGGUUACUAUUGCAGGUUGGGUUCAUCCUGCUACUAUGAGAAUGGCCUUGAGUUCUGCCCACAGAGCGGGGCCACCACAACCACUUGUGAUUGUGCCAAGUUGGUGCUGAGAUUGAACAGUUGCAUCGGUGCAGACCUUGGGUUUCAGUUUAGCUGAACCAUCAGUGAAGUAGGCUCAGGCAUUUAGAGGAACCUCUGAAUCAAGCGAGACCCCAUUGUGCCAGCAGCUUUGCUUCAGGUGAUGAAGUGGGAGAUAAUGUUUCCCCCAAAAGAACAGCUGCCACCCUUCAUGCAAAACUGAGAUGAUAGAAGGGCCUGCCAGCUGCACCCUUGAAUGCACUAUUUUCAUUUGACUAGUUAGACCUGUUUAGCAAGGGAUGCAUUUCUCCAGUACCCAGAGUUCAAUAACGUGCUGGGCCUCCAUUUUAGUGGUGGUGAGGUUGAAGUUUUUCCUUGACUGACAGAGGGAUUGAGCCGUUGCCAAUAUGUCCAGUCCUGAGAAACUUGGCUUUGAAUGUGCCUGGGGUUUUGGUGCCCCCUGCUGGCAGAGAUGUAGUAACACUGUACUCGGGGCUUCCGACUUAUCAACCAACUGGAUGGCACCUGUAUAGUGAGAGCCCGUCGCCCCAUGGCCUGUGCCCUUCCCCUCCCGCACCCUGCAGUGUCUGGACAGUGCCCCCGCAUAGGGGCCCAUUCUGUCCCGUCUUUGGCCACUGCAACUCCACCCAGCAUCCUCACCACUGGGCCAACCUUUGACCCAGCACCCCUUUCUUUUCAGGCGUCUGAUCACUGUCUUGACAGAUGGACUCACAUGUUUUCAGUCUGUCCAAGGCCCUGUAUCCUCAUUGCUGACACUGUUUGAGCUCAGGGGACCCCCUGCUUGAACAACCCCAUUGUCAUGAGUGUCAUUGUCAUUGUGAUAACAUCCUAUCAGGACUCACCUUCUCCCACUCAGCCUCAGACUUUCAUUAACAGGACAGUCGGGGGUCUUAACCCCACCACUUGGGUGAGAGCCAUUGCUACUGGAUCUGGGCAGUUACUGUUUCAUGGAUGUUGGCAGAAGACCAGACGUGAUUCACGUUGGAAGACUGGAUUCUACAAGAAAUGAACUCUUACAUAAUUCUAGCUAACAUGUGCUUAGGGUGGGUGCCUGUGGUUUUGAAAGGGAGAGUUACUGUGUAGUUAAGUAUUGUAAGAAUGUCCUCUCCAUCAUCCUUUUGUUUGACAUUUGCCAAAAAGAUGGGCAUAAGUAAUGGUUGGGCUCUUAUUUGAAGCCUCUACUUUUGUACAGUCUGGGAAAAUACAAUAAAUCUCUGCUUGAAAAAAUGA